AAUUAUACUCGAGCACACGCACAUACGCAUACAUUCAUUGGCUUGCUCUCGAAAGAGCGCGCGCAAACAAGCCGAUCGACAGUCGCGCUCGAGAUUUGGCUGCUGCGCCUCGAGUCCACAACCAGGCAUGGCGUCCACGAGCAAGGACACGAGCGCCGAGUUUCCCGGGCAGCACCUCUCCAACUUGAGUGAACUGGACGGCCCCGAUCAGAUUCUCUAUGCUAAAUCGUAUAGCACGUGGGAGCCGCACGUCAGCGUCGUCAUAGAUCGCGCGGUUGAAGACACUUACGAACCCGUUUCCAUUCCUGGACUUCUCACUCGCAUCGCCAAAGAAUAUCCGGAUCAGCCGGCGCUCAUUUCCAGGCCCAAUGCCAAAGGCGAACGCACGACACUUACGUACAAGGAGUACGAGAAUCAAGUGAGAAUUGUGGCGAAAGCAUUUCUGUCUCUGGGUCUGCAGAAGCAUCACUCUGUUUGUAUUCUCGGCUUCAAUUCGCCGGAAUGGAUCAUCGCCGACAUCGCCGCGAUCUACGCUGGAGGAUUCGCCACAGGAAUCUACGCGACCAAUUCGGCGGAGGCGUGUCAAUAUUGCGCGGAAAAUAGUAGAGCCACCAUCGCCGUCGUAGAAGAUAACAACCAAGUUCUUAAGAUACUACAGAUCAAAAAGUAUCUUCCGAAAUUGAAGACCAUCAUACAGUACGACGGGGUUCCUAAAAUCAAUGGUGUUCUCAGUUGGAGCGAUUUGUUAAAUUUAGGUAAACAGCAGGCUGACACUCACUUGAGAGCCGUCAUGAAGACUAUCGGAAUCAAUGAGUGCUGCACUCUUGUGUACACCUCAGGAACGGUUGGAAAUCCAAAAGCUGUGAUGUUAAGCCAUGACAAUCUGCUAGCCGACGCUCACGCGAUCAUGAAUGCAAUGAAAGUGACGGACAUGGCCAAAGAAGUCUUCGUUAGCUUUUUACCGCUGUCGCACGUCGCUGCUCAGGUCGUGGACAUCUACCUGCCGAUGAUGACAGCUGGCACAGUAUACGUAGCGGACAGAGAUGCUAUAAAGGGUGGUAUCUUUACGACGUUGGUCGAAACUCGACCAACGUUUUUCCUCGGAGUGCCACGUGUCUGGGAAAAGCUAAGCGAAAGGAUGAAGUCGAACGCCCACAGAAAUAACUUUGUAGAAGCUUUGAUUUUGAACCGGGCCAAAGUUCAGGGUUUGAAAUACCACAUGGAUCGUAUGGAAGGCGUCGAUAACCAAACGUGGGGUUACCAGCUCGCUAAGAGGAUGGUCUUUGACAAAAUCAAAAGGAGCUUGGGGUUGGAUAGAUGUAGGAUCAUCGCCACGGCAGCUGCGCCUCUCAGCACGGACAUUAAAAAGUAUUUUCUGAGCUUGGACAUCGUCAUAAUCGACGCCUACGGCUUGACCGAGUGCUCCGGUGCUCAUACGACCACGACAAACAAAAAUUUCAAACUGGCCAGUGUCGGGCUGACUCUUCCUACUUUCUCCACCAAAUUGUAUAACGUGAACAACGAGGACGAGGGUGAAAUUUGCAUGAGCGGCAGACACAUCUUUAUGGGCUACCUCAACGAUCCCCAGAUGACGAUGGAAGCUAAGGACAAGGAUAACUGGCUGCACAGUGGUGAUAUCGGGAGGAUGGACUCCAAAGGAUUUUUAUACAUCACCGGCAGAAUCAAGGAGAUCGUUAUCACUGCCGGUGGCGAAAACAUUCCUCCGGUUCGCAUAGAGCAGCUCAUCAAACAAGCGUGCCCGGCCAUCAGCAAUGCCAUGCUUAUCGGAGAUGGCAGAAAGUACUUAACAGUUCUGCUCACGUUCAAGACUAAGGUCGACCUGGCUAGUGGAGAGCCCUUGGAUAAUCUUUCGGAAGAAGCAAUCAGAUGGGCAGCCUGUUUCGGUAGUCACGCGACAACUGUCACUCAAAUCAUCGAAACACAAGAUCCACACAUCGAUGAGGGUAUUAAUAAAACAAUCAGUCGAGUGAACGAGCAAGCAUUGAGCCACGCCCAACGCGUGCAAAAGUUCUGCAUUCUACCCCGUGACUUUUCCGUGGCGACCGGAGAGUUGGGGCCAACGUUAAAAUUGAAACGAGACGUUGUCGCCAAGAAAUAUCACGCCAUCAUCGAGGCCAUGUACAGAGGAAAGCAAUGAUUCUCUUGUAAGCUUCGCUGUACAUAGACAGUAGUAUAUAACGACAAUAGACAUCGUGCCGUCGAGUCUCCCUUGCGGUACGCGUAUCUUUCAUCAUUUUCUAGCACUGCCCUCAAAUCCUUACUUGCGCUUUUACGACUCGUCUUCCCGUCACUUAGUCAAGUUGAAAACCUCACGGUCAGUUUUUAAUCUAAAGCUGCCGUUAUGAACUAUACUUACGUCACGGAAAGACGUUGUGUAAGUGCGAACUUGAAUCGCGCCGUCUUAUAAAUUUGUAUUGCGUCAAAAAUCUUAUAUAUAUAUAUAUAUAUAUAUUAUUUUUCACGAAUUCUAAUUGAUUUUGUACUAGAACAUAUUAAAAGUGUGAAUACAAUUUUUAAUUAUAAUAAAAAAAGUACAUUUCUAA